AUGAAGCAAAACAACAACUCCCAAGAGGGCUUUCUUCUCUUGGGCUUCUCUGACAAGCCCCAGUUAGAGACUAUUCUCUUUGUGGUCAUCUUGGUCUUCUACAUCUUGAACCUGGUGGGGAACACAACCAUCAUAUUAGUGUCUGGCCUGGACCCCAAACUCCACACACCAAUGUAUUUCUUCCUCACCAACCUGUCCUUCCUAGACCUCUGUUUCACCACCAGUGUAGCCCCACAGUUGCUGAUCACUAUGAGGAGCAAAGACAAAAGCAUGAGCUACGGUGGGUGCAUAGCUCAGCUCUAUGUGGCUAUGGGCUUAGGAUCCACCGAGUGUAUUCUCUUGGCUGUCAUGGCGUAUGACCGCUACGCAGCAGUCUGUCGCCCCCUCCAUUAUGCGGUCAUCAUGCAUCCUCAGCUCUGUCUGACGCUGGCUUCAAUAGCAUGGCUCAGUGGCCUCGUCACUUCUCUGAUCCAGUGCUCUCUCACUAUACAGCUGCCUCUGUGUGGUCACAACCGGCUUGACCACAUCUUCUGUGAGGUGCCAGUAUUGAUUAAGUUGGCCUGUGUGGACACCACCUUCAACGAGGCCCAACUCUUUGUGGCUAGCGUAGUCUUCCUUGUGGUUCCUGUCUCUCUCAUUCUAAUCUCUUAUGGUUACAUCACUCAAGCCAUUCUGAAGAUCAAAUCUGCAGCAGGACGCCGUAAAGCAUUUGGGACUUGUUCUUCUCACCUGGUGGUUGUAAUCAUCUUCUAUGGUACCAUCAUCUUCAUGUAUCUCCAGCCAGUCAAAAGUCGAUCCAAUGACCAGGGAAAAUUUGUCUCCCUCUUCUACACGAUAGUUACCCCUUUGUUAAAUCCUCUCAUCUAUACCUUAAGGAACAAGGAUGUGAAGGGAGCCCUAAGAAAGUUGAUAUUGGGGAAGGCUAUUGGCUAA